ACAUAUACAACUUUGUUCCCUGGAAACGACUCAUUCAGUGACUGACGAUUACAGAUUUAACGGCGCUCUUUAUCUCUUUUAAAACUGAGCCGAACCGGUGCUGACCGCAGUAAGUCGCCGACGGAGCCAGGUUAGUAUUAUUUAGUUCGUCAACCAAUAGAAGAAGCUGCCGGUUGGACUUCAGGCAAACUAACUUCCCUGAGCUAGCGAGCUGCUGGAGCAACAACUUCAGCUGAAACACGGGCUGUGACUAUGGAGAGACCAAGCAGCUCUAAAGACGGAGCUCAGUGCACGGAGGAAGCCUCUCAUUCCGUAGGAACCUGGCGGAUAUGAGCACCGAGAGAUGAGACGGCACAUGUCACACCGAGGCAAUAAUUACAAUAACAGUAGUAAUAAUAAUAAAAGACUGGGAGGGAUAUCAGAGUGAAGCCGAAACCUUUGUUUUUGAGUGCUGUGAGAGUGUGAGAUCGAAGUGCCUAUGGCGGAGUUAGGGGAGGACGGAAGGCUCCCUCCGGUUCAUUUCGGCCACACGGCCGUGCCCAGCGACGAGGAUGCGGGGAAGACGCAUUGCGAAGUGUCGGUUCUGAAUGGAGACUGUGGGAUUUCGGAGAAUAUGAUGUGCUCAGGUUCCCCGGUCACACCUGGCAGCCAAGCCGAAGUAGAAACUGCCAACACCUCUGUGGGGCCGGAUGCCAAAUCUGACAUACCUCGCCGGAGCAGCAUUAUUAAGGAUGGAAGACAACGAAAAGAAAGAAAGAAGACUGUCUCAUUCAGCAGCAUGCCCACUGAAAAGAAGAUCAGCAGAGUCAGCGACUGCAUCAAUGCCAUGGUGGAUGGCUCGGAGCUGAAAAAAGUGCGAUCUAAUUCACGUGUUUACCAUCGCUACUUUCUUCUUGACGCCGACAUGCAAUCAUUGAGGUGGGAGCCAACAAAGAAGGAGUCUGAAAAGGCAAAAAUAGACGUGAAGUCCAUCAAGGAGGUCCGGACAGGCAAGAAUACAGACACUUUUAGAACUAAUGGUACCUAUGACCAGAUAUCAGAGGAUUGUGCUUUUUCAAUCAUCUUUGGGGAGAAUUACGAGUCCCUGGACUUGGUGGCGAACACAGCAGAUGUGGCCAACAUAUGGGUGACUGGUCUGAGGUACCUGAUCUCUUAUGGGAAGCAUACCUUGAAUAUGAUCGAGAGCAGCCAGAACAACUUGCGCUCAGCUUGGUUAAGCGACCUCUUUGAUGAAGACGACGUUAACCACAACAAACAGAUAGCAAUAUGUGCUGCUGUGCAACUAAUAAAAAAACUAAACCCGGGACUUAAAAAUUUGAAAAUAGAACUAAAGUUCAAGGAGCUCCACAAAGCUCAAGAUAAAAGUGAGUCUGAUGUGACAAAAGAGGAGUUUGCUGAAGUCUUUCAUGACCUUUGCACAAGACCAGAGAUUUAUUUUCUUUUUGUUCAGUUUUCCAGUAAUAAGGAGUUUCUUGAUACUAAGGACUUAAUGAUAUUUCUGGAGGCAGAGCAGGGAAUGGCUCAGGUCAGUGAAGACACCAGCUUAAAUGUCAUUCACAAGUAUGAACCAUCCAAAGAGGGCCGGUUAAAGGGAUGGCUCUCUCUUGAUGGGUUCUCUAACUAUCUUAUGUCUGCAGAGUGCCACAUUUUUGACCCUGAGCACAAAUCUGUUUGCCAAGACAUGAACCAGCCUUUGUCCCACUACUACAUCAAUGCAUCCCACAACACGUAUCUGAUAGAGGAUCAAUUCAGAGGUCCUUCAGAUGUGACGGGGUACAUCCGUGCUCUGAAGAUGGGUUGUCGUUGUGUGGAGCUGGACGUGUGGGACGGGUCCGAUAACGAGCCCGUUAUCUAUACUGGUCACACAAUGACUUCGCAGAUUGUUUUCCGCAGCGUCAUAGAUGUCAUCAAUAAAUAUGCCUUUGUUGCCUCUGAGUUUCCUCUGAUUCUGUGUUUGGAAAACCAUUGUUCUGUAAAGCAGCAGAAAGUCAUGUUUCAGCAUCUGAAGAAGAUCCUUGGAGACAGAAUCCACGUAGAUUCUCCAAAACUCGAGGACUGUUACCUCCCAUCUCCAUCUGAGCUGAAGGGAAAGAUCCUGCUGAAGGGUAAGAAGUUAGAUACAAACUGUACUGCUUCAGAAGGAGAAGUGACGGACGAGGACGAGGGGGCAGAGAUGUCUCAGAGGAUGAGCAUCGAGUCCACAGAGCAGCAGACUAAUGCACCCAAAAAGAUCCCGCUGCUUAAGGACCUCUCUGAUCUGGUGACGCUGUGUAAAUCUGUGGAGUUCAAAGACUUUCCAACAUCUUUCCAGAAGCAGAAACCCUGGGAGCUCUGCUCUUUCAAUGAGGUGUUUGCCACUCGCUGUGCGUGUGAUUUCCCUGGGGACUUUGUCAACUACAAUAAGAAGUUUCUUGCACGAGUUUACCCGAGCCCAAUGCGGAUCGACUCUAGCAACAUGAAUCCACAAGAUUUCUGGAAGUGCGGCUGCCAGAUUGUAGCCAUGAACUACCAGACUCCUGGGCUAAUGAUGGAUUUGAACAUCGGUUGGUUCCGUCAGAAUGGUAACAGUGGCUAUGUUCUCCGACCGGCCAUCAUGAGGGAGCAGGUCUCAUAUUUCAGUGCCAACACAAAAGAUUCAGUGCCUGGGGUUUCUCCACAGCUCUUGCACAUCAAGAUAAUCAGUGGACAAAAUUUCCCCAAACCCAAAGGCUCCGGUGCUAAAGGAGACGUGGUGGACCCAUACGUGUACGUGGAAAUACACGGCAUUCCUGCAGACUGUGCUGAACAGAGGACUAAAACAGUCCACCAAAAUGGGGACAACCCGCUGUUUGAUGAGAGCUUUGAGUUUCAGAUAAACCUUCCUGAGCUCGCAAUGGUGCGCUUUGUGGUUCUAGACGAUGACUAUAUUGGAGAUGAGUUUAUUGGCCAGUAUACAAUCCCCUUCGAGUGUCUCCAGCCUGGUUUCCGCCAUGUACCGCUACAGUCUCUGACUGGAGAGUUGCUGCCUCAUACUUUGGUUUUUGUCCAUGUUGCUAUAACCAAUCGGAGAGGUGGAGGAAAGCCACACAAAAGGGGAUUGUCAGUAAGGAAAGGCAAGAAAAGCAGAGAGUACGCUAGUAUGAGAGUGCUGCAGAUCAAGGCUGUCGAUGAGGUCUUUAAAACAGCCCUGCUGCCACUCAGAGAGGCCACCGACCUCCGAGAAAACAUGCAGAAUGCCAUAGUGUCCUUUAAGGAGCUCUGCGGCCUUUCAGCCGUGGCCAACCUGAAGCAGUGCAUCUUGGCCCUUUCCCCUCGGCUGACAGGACCAGACAACAGCCCGCUCCUGGUGUUUAACCUCUCUGACCCGUACCCUAACCUGGAGCUCCAAGGCCUGCUCCCAGAGGUCCUGAAAAAGGUCGUCACCACCUACGAUAUGAUGAUCCAGACCAGCAAGACCUUGCUGGAGAGCUCCGACAGCGUAUAUGAGAGGAUUUUGCAAACUCAGAAAGCAGCGAUGGAAUUUCAUGAAAACCUGCAGGAUCUGGCUGUGAAGGAAGGGCUGAAGGGCAGGAAGCUGCACAAGGCGGUGGAAAGCUUCACAUGGAACAUCACCAUACUGAAGGGUCAAGCCGACUUACUAAAACAUGCCAGAAGUGAAGUCCAGGAAAACCUCAAGCAGAUCCACUACUCAGCGCUCACCUGCAACCUGAGCAAAGGAGGAACAGCGGGCGGCUCCUCCGGCUCCACGGACUCCAAGAGCCGACGCAGCUUGGAGGCCAUUCCUGAAAAAGCCACUGGGGAGGAGGAGCUGACGGAUGAGGAAAACUGA